UGCAGCAUUUUUAAAGUUCGCUUUAGGAAAACUAUGUUAAAUGUUUAUUUGUUGAACAGUUGUCUACAUGAGCUGUGUUCUGGUGUUCUGCUGGUGAUUAUGUCUGUCUUGCUGAUGUUUACUUUCACUUUGUAAAGGAAUAUCCCGGAAGCGAAGCACAGGUGAAUAUAGGCGUUAUGAGACACGGGAAGUUGUCUUUAGGAAUAGAGGAACUAUGGCUACAGCAGCGAGCCUGAGUCUUAUGAAGUCAGCAGAUCUGAUCAAGAAAGAGCCUCUGGACUUUGGAGGGUUUGGGGAAGUGUACCUGUGUUACCACAAAACACUGGGUCAGGUGGUGCUGAAGACGGUCUACACCGGACCCCCGCGCAACGGCCGGCAGAAGCAGUCUCUCCUGGACGAGGGCAGUCUGAUGAGCAGGUUAAACCAUCAGCGAGUGGUCAAGCUGCUGGGGGUAAUUCUGGAGGACGGAGACUAUUCGUUAGUGAUGGAGCUCAUUCCUAAAGGAAACCUGCUCACCAUGCUGGAGACGGUGCCUGUUCCGAUAUCAGUGAAAGGAAGGAUCAUUCUGGAGAUCUUGGAGGGAAUGGUUUAUCUCACGGGGAACCAAGUCAUUCACAAAGAUCUCAAACCAGAGAACAUCCUGGUGGACCAGGACUUCCAUAUAAAAAUCGCGGAUCUGGGUCUGGCCACGUCUCAGGUGUGGAGCAAGCUGACGAAAGAGGAGUCUCGCAGACAGAGUCGUCUGGGCAGGAAGUCGUGUGCGCGCGCCGCUGGCACUCUGUGCUACAUGGCUCCUGAGCACCUGAAGAGCAUCAACAGCCGCUCCAGCGAGAAAUCUGACGUCUACAGCUUCGCCAUCGUCGUCUGGGUCAUCCUCAGCGGCCGCGAGCCCUAUGAGAAUGCCAGGAGUGAAGAUCAGAUCUGUCACUGUGUGUGUCAGGGCGCGCGUCCCGACGAAGCUCUGAUCCCACGAGACACUCCUCCAGACGUCAUCCAGCUCAUGAAGACGUGCUGGAAGGAAGACCCUCGUCACCGGCCCACAUUCAAAGAUAGCUUUGAAUUGUUUUUACCUUUUUACCAGGAGAAGCUGGCAGCAAAUGUAAAAGCGGAUUUGGAAAGUCUGACGAGAUCGUAUGAGGGCCCAGAGGAGCUGCUAGAAAAGCUGAAGUCCCUCACAACAGAAGACCCUUCACCGUGUCCCAAAGUCUCUCCAGGGCCCUUGAGGAGCUCAGACAACGGUCCGGUGGAGGCCAGCAUUGAAGACCUCAGCUUCAGGACCCCCAAAGAUUCUCUGCUGGAGAUGGACGCCGCGCCUCCCAGUCCUCCCAAUCUGGAGCUCAAACUGGCACUAGAGCACAACUACCACAAAUACAGCAGUCGUAUCGUGGAUCAGCCGGACGCCAGCGUUUAUAACCCGCUGCCGCAGCAGCCGGCCAGCAGCGGGUGGACCGGAGAGGCUUCUUCUGUGAAAUCUUGGACUAAACCCGCCGCUUACCCAAACCCAGACAGAGCAGAGGAGCUCCAUCUGAGGCCUGCCGGCUCAUUUGAAGGAUUGCACAGGCCAGAGUUGGCGAGUCAGCUCUCCGUGCCGUAUUCAGACUACGACAGGCUCCAGCAUCCUCAUCAUCCACCGUUCAAUCGCAUCAAGUCCUGUCCGGAUGCAGCGGAGUCUUAUAUGCUGGAUUCACACCCUGACCAGCGCUUAUCACCCGUCGUAUAUCCUCCAUCUGAAUCAGGGUGGCCUGUGACCAUCUCGAAUGCCAGUGCUGUUCAAAUCGGGAGUUACAACACGAUGAAUGUGCAAGUGUCUGAUAACAGCUCCUUCAGCUCGUUAUCCAGCAGAUCCAUCAACAGAACCAGAUAUAAUGAGCUUCUGCUGACGUACGAGGAGCACACGGUCACUGAGAGCCACCUGGAGGUGUUGCGUCAGAACGUGGGUGGAAACUGGAAGCAGGUGGCUCGUAAACUGGGGCUGAAUGACAUCGACGUGGACACCAUCGAGCACGACUACGUCCGCGACGGCUUGGCAGAGAAGGUGCACCAGACGCUGGAGCGCUGGAAGAUGAAGGAGGGUCUUCUGGGCAUCACCGUGGGGAAACUGUGCCGUGCGCUGGAGGGCUGCAUCAAGCCCAUCGUCCUCCUGCAGCUGCUGCUGAAGUCUCAAGACGCCGCCGGAGUGCCUUGAAACACCACCUUGUGCUUGUGUCAUACUUAACAUUGGGUAACGGGGUAUUUAUACAACUCUAACAACCUUUACAUUGCAAAGACGUUCAGUAUUUUUGACAGCCUAACAUUCAUCACUGUAUUAUGGUGCUGGAUGCUACGGCAUAAUGAUUGUGAACGGAUCAUUGCACAAAAGUUAUGUGAUCUGAGAGGACAUUUCCAUGACACCAUUUAUAAAAAAAAAAAAGGGAAAUCGUUCAUUUGCACGAAAGCCUGAAAAUGCAAACUUGGGAUGCUAAAAUGGGAUUCAAAUGGCAAGUUUUUGGUGAUGAUAUUGUUAUUGUCUCUUUGUAAACUACAAAAACACAAAUUUGUGAAACCGGUGAGAUCAUGCUCAUGCAUAUCAAGUUUCGUGACAUCGCCAUCUAGUGGCCUGCCAUGGGUUUUCGGUCGUUUUCACAGAUUCGUGUGAGCGGGGAUCAUACUGACAACUUUUCUAUAAUGCAAUGGAAAACCUUUUCCAUUUUUGGUGCAUCGUUUUCAUGUAAACGAGUUCAGAAUAGAUUCCUUCUAAGUGCCUUUUUCCUGAUCUCGAUCAGUUGAAUCAGUCUUUAUAUUUCAGAAUCACUUGUCAUGAUUCUAAGAUGCUUUAUGAUUUUUUUCUUUAAAAUGAAAUACUGGCGUUUGCACAUUCUUCCACAGUAAGCUCCGGUCUCCUGCAGUCCAGAGACGUGCAGGUCAGAUGGUGUGGAUGUGCUAAAUUAGCUGUGAGAGGCAGUGUGUGUGUGUGUGUGUGUGUGUACCUGUUUUUAUAUCCCACUUAAACCUGAAUGCACACUGACUCAUGGGGACUCGUGUCAUGGGGAAACAAGCUUAUAAAUCAUACAGAAUUAGGGUUUUGUUUUUUGUUUUUUGAGAAUGAUAAAAUGCCUGUAGUUUUCUGUGAGGUGUAGGGUUGGUUUAGGGCAAUAGAAUAUAAAUCCACUGCCAAAUCCAGUGUGUGGAUAAUUCUGCUGUAGUGAAAUGAGAUGAUGAUUAAGAUAUGAACCAACAUAAAGUGUCUUUUAUGGUGUUGGAACCACCAAAAGAGCUUCAAUGUACUUUGGCAUUGACUCUGAUUUCUUCAGAUUAAAGGUUCUUUAUUGAUAACGCUGGAUGGAUGGCUUUAUUGACAUAUACAUGGAUGUUUAAGAACCUUAAAAUCUUUCCAUUGCACAAAAGGUUCUUUAUAGUGAACGUAAGGUUCUUCAGAUUAUUAAAAAGGUCUUUACACCAAGACAAUAAUGGUUUUCUUACGAACUGAUCAGUGAAAAGGUUCUCUGAGGAGUCCAGAAUGGUUCUUCUGUGGCAUCACCAUGUGAAAGCUUUAUUUAUUUAUUUUAUUUGUUUUCUCAUUUGGUGUUUUGAUGAUGAUGAAGUUGUUGGAGAGUGCUGGUUUCAGAUCUGGUGACUGUGAUCUGUGUGAAUGGGAUAGAAAUGCUUCUUUAAUAAGCU